AAUUGAAAAAUCUACAGUCCCUGUCUUCCUCCGUAUGCUAUACGUAUGAUCUUCGUUGAAUUUUACAAAUACUACAACGGGCCAACAGUAAUUUCUUUCUCUCAUCGCGGAGAAUGGGAUUUAGGUGCAGGAUUUUUCUCGCCUUCCCAACUUCAAAGCUCAAUACGGGAAAACCACUCUUUCUCAACCAUCUCGAAUUGUCUUCCCCUGUGAGAGAAACCUUCCGAUAGCCUUGUGGACCUGCCUCUACGGAAGGUGGUAUUUGACUUUUUCGCUCAUAGGGAUUUGCUGUUGAGGUUACGGAAGGUCAGGUCCUGAACAGUGAACAAACAUCGCCCUGUUUUAUCGUUUCUUGAAUGUGAAUGGGCUCUGAUGAGCUCCAUAGGUUUCCGUCUCCGAAUGGAACUGUACUUAUCUAAAUCUGAAAUUUGCUCAUCCUUCUUUGGUCUUCGUUGGUUCGAAUGGAUUUUUCAUUUCUUUGAGGGAAAAAUUUGAAGGCUCUUUAUUGUUUGUUCGUCUGCUAAUUGCUGUUUUGUGGGAGCUUCGUGAUCUGUGCAAAUAUUAUUCAAGGAGUAGUGCGUGUUCGGUUGUUUGAAGCCUUCUUCUCAGCUGGAGAUUCAUACGUAUCGGUAUUUUAGGGCUUGAAGGAAUCAGAGAGAGAAUAUAGGAUAAAAUGGAAGAAGAUACCUCUUCAUGGAUAAGAAGGACGAAAUUCUCUCACACUGUGUGCCACCGAUUGGACUCUUCAAGAUUGGCCACGAUUCCUCUCUGCAUUGAGUCUGAAGCCGCCUCUGGUCUUAAAUCGAGGCCUACAGUUUCUUUCAAUCUGAACCAUGGCGCUGAUGGACCAAAGAUGCAUCAAAAUCCUAAUGUGAAAAAGCCGAGAUCUGUGUCUCCUUUACCAGAAACAUUCCUCUCUGACACCUUCCGCGAAGCCAAGCAUGAACGAAAGAGGUUCUCAACUCCUGGUCCUCGGAGGAAAGAACAUCAUGAUAAGAAUCAUGACAAGAGGAUCAUGGGGAAGGUGUCGAAUAAGGACUCUCGAGAGGUCAAAACAUUCAAUUUGAAAUCGCCAUCGCGAAGUCCGAUCUUGUCAAGUUCGAAAUCGAGCGAUAACCUGAGGGGUCGGAAGGAAUCUGCGUGGACCAAGUAUUUUGACCAUGGCGGAGGAAGAGUUACUGCUCUUGAAACUGCAGAAGAAUGGACGGUUGAUCUUUCUAAGCUCUUUCUUGGGCUUAGGUUUGCUCAUGGAGCUCAUAGCCGACUCUAUCGCGGUAAUUAUAAGGAUGAACCUGUUGCAGUGAAACUUAUUAGGGUACCAGAUGAUGACGAUAGUGGAACCAUGGCUGGUCGAUUAGAGAAACAGUUCAUUAGAGAAGUCACUCUUUUAUCUCGUCUCCACCAUGAAAAUGUUAUAAAGUUUGUAGCAGCUUGCAGAAAACCACCCGUCUAUUGUGUCAUCACAGAAUUUCUGUCAGAAGGUUCCUUAAGGGCAUACUUGCAUAAGUUAGAGCACAAAACUGUUCCUCUUGAAAAACUAAUAGCUUUUGCUCUGGAAAUUGCCCGUGGAAUGGAAUAUAUACACUCUCGAGGUAUCAUACAUCGGGACCUUAAGCCAGAGAAUGUCCUUAUCAGUGAAGAUUCUCACCUCAAAAUUGCUGAUUUUGGCAUUGCUUGUGAGGAGGCAUACCGUGAUGUAUUUACUGAUGACCCUGGCACAUAUCGUUGGAUGGCCCCUGAGAUGAUCAAACGUAAAUCCUAUGGGAGAAAGGUUGAUGUGUACAGUUUCGGGCUGAUCCUAUGGGAAAUGGUGACUGGGACAAUACCGUACGAGGAUAUGACUCCCAUCCAGGCUGCUUAUGCUGUGGUAAAUAAGAAUUCAAGACCUGUUAUUCCUUCAAGUUGCCCAUCUGCUAUGCGAGCUUUAAUUGAGCAAUGUUGGUCCUCACAUCCAGAUAAGAGGCCCGAGUUCUGGCAGAUUGUCAAGAUAUUAGAGCAAUUUGAAUCUUCACUUUCCCUUAAUGGAACUAUGAAGCUACCGCAAAACUUUUGUUGCCAAGACCAUAAGAAAGGACUGCUUCAUUGGAUUCAAAAGCUUGGUCCUGUGCAUCAAAAUAACGGCCCUGUGCCUAAGCCGAAGUUCACUUAAAUCUUCAUAGUGGCUUGGUUUUUGUUCCCAGGUCUUUUGUAAUUAACAAUGAAAGGUUUGUUUUUUGAGCUUUUCUGAUUCUAGUCCUCUGUAUAAGAUUCAAGUGAGAGUAAAUUGGUUGUAGGAUUGUGCACUGAGGUGAAUCCAACUUCUAUUUAUGCUGUGCAUUCGCCAACUAAAAUGAUUGUAUGGCACUUUGGCUUUAUGUGUAAUUGAUUUUUUUUUUGGGCAACAGCUUUAUGUGUAAUUGUGGCUUAAACAAAAACCUUAAAUCUCUCCUCUGCUCAAA